GGUUUCUUUCAAACUCACACACCAAUUUUUCAAAUUCUAAUUCUGAUUCUCCUCCUCUCGCCACCCUCCUCCACGCUCUGUUCGGAGUUUCGAGUUUUCAUUACCUUCUCAAAAACUUUACCAAAUAAACCUCUCUAUUAUGGAAUCGAAACAGGGAACUGGGACUGGGAAUUGGGAGGAAGAGUGUUCGACGCCGACUCGAUGGGAGUGCCGGAUUCCGGCGGUGUUUAACUGCCCUCCGCCGCCGAAGAAGAAGAAUGGAAAUGAUGGGAAGAAGCGGGAACCACCGAAACAUGGCUAUUUUCAGCCACCUGAUCUUGAGGCUCUGUUUUCUGUCCCUCCCAGAAGGGAAGCCUGCGCUUAAUUUUUAUGCUCUGUUUUAGGGUUUUAAGGAAAUGGGUUUUUUUGCUUCUCGUUUGAUUAGAUUGUUCUAUUGAAUUGUGAAUACUUUUGAGAGAGUUUGAAAGUUGAUUUGGGUUUUUUAGUUUGCCAUUUAUGAGAAUUUGUAUUGAGAAUGGAAGAAUCUUGGGUUGAAAUAUUGUGGGUUUUAAUUGGGGAAACAUAAAAUUUCAUGUUUCUCAUUGGACAAA